CUAGACACUCUUAAGUUCGAUUCCGGUUUGGUACUCCCAGUCCGACGCCCCCGACUCAGCGAAUCACCGGUGGCUGCAGCGAUCAGACGGCGGAAGCUUUUCUAAAGGAUAAAAAGAAAAAGAAACUAAUUUUUCACAAGCCCUAGACUCCCAAAUCUCCCCAAUGAGAUCUUGCGAGUUGCGCCUCUUAGUAAUGAAGACCAGCACUGCCUGAGGUUUCAUUUUCAAGAAAUUGUGUAAAAGACAGUUUUUGUGAACUUACCAAACUCAAAAGGGCCUCAGAAUAACGUAAGGGAGUUUAUAUGGAAAAAAAUACAGUCUCUCCUUCAGGAAGUGAUACGAGUGUUGCUUCUGGAACAAUAUUGGGUAAAAGGAAAUUGACAACAACUGAUCUACCAGAAUAUUCAUGGCCUAAGGAGUCACUCCUGAAAAACAUAAGAAGAAAUACUCGUGAAUUUACUUCAAUUCAAAGAAAGCGUGAUGCAUGUGCUAUGCGACAUCAAUUUCUAGCUGAUAAGUUUCAUCAUAAUGAUACUACAGAAACUGGAUUGACUGGUAAUUCUGAUUCCCAAAUAUAUGAAAUUGAAUAUUCAAAGGACAUGCCUCUAAGUAAUGAGCUGCAGCUUUUAAAACAUGAAGAACAGUUCCAAAAGUUGGAAGUGCAUACUGGGGAGACACCUAAAUUACCAAGUUGGAUACUUGAGAAGGGAAAUAUAUGCGCACAAUCUGAAUCUAAGGGAUCAUUGUCAAUUCCAUCCUAUACUUCCUAUAUAGAAAAGUCUCAGAGCGAACCUGUAGUACAAAAUACUGCCCUAAAAAAGACAUUGUUGGCUACAUUUUGUAAUGAUGAUUUGUCUGUAACUCAGAGAGCGAUGGGAACAUUUCAGCAGAGUUCUUCUCAGCCUGACCGCUCCGAUAAUCUCUCUGAUAGAAGAGCAAGCAUGGAUGAAGUCAACGAGUUUGAUACUUCUUGUUCUUUUGGACAAAGAGGGCAAGUUUUUCAGAAGAUUAAGAGCAAUAAUGCUCCUAAAUCCUGUGCUGAGCAAAAUGACAUCCGGACCGAAGGGCAGUCCAAUGUGGGGGAUUCAGAAGGGUUCAAUAAGGAGAACAAAAAAAGUUCCUUGGUCGAGGAAUUUGCUUCAAAAUAUGACCAAAAUCCUGAUAAAAGUUUCAAACUUGAAAAGCAGAAGUUGAAUCAUGGUUCCCAUAGAUUUGAAGAAAAGAGUAGGCCAAAAUUACAUAAAUCAUCUCUGGCUGCAGGAAAGAUAUGGGUUGGAUCUCUUCAGCUAAAUCCUUCCAUUGCUGUGCCUGCAGUUGCCUUCUUUAAAAGUGGUGAGAAGUUGCUUGAUGUCAACUGGUAUGAACUUGUAGACGUUAAAGGGAAAGUAAGAUUAGAAGCCUUUGAAAAAUAUAUCCAGGAACUUUCUCGCUCGCGCAAUCGGGGAUUAAUGGUAAUUUCUGUGUGUUGCAACGAGGGGUCUGAGACUGACAUCAAGCAUAUGAAAGAGGUUGCAAAGGGGUAUGUAAAAGGCGAAAGAGUUGGGCUUGCACGCCUCUCGCAAGGCGUUGAUCUUUACCUCUGUCCUCGGACCGAUACAAUUAUCACAAUCCUUGCGAAACAUGGUUUCUUUAAGGGGUUGGCAGCAGCGACUGAAAGCAAGUGCGAGCUAUUUAUUGGUUGUGUAGUGUGGCGAAAAAAUCAUUCGGUUGCUAAGAAGUCUGAGAGCAAUUCCCAUUCCGAGCAGUUACAGAAAUCGCUGCCUGAUUCUAUUGAUGUGGAAGCUGUGGGCAAAAGUUCUGUAUCAUCGGUUGGCGAUGCACAAGCACUGGCCUCGGCUAAAUCUUCUUUGGUUGCUGAAAGUAAUGACAUCAAGGAUAAUCAAAAUACGGGUGGUGUUGACAAUUCGUCUUCUAACGCCAUUUCCCUGCCAACGCUCUCGCUAGCGGAGCAACGAGGACCUGUUCCUUCCAAGUCGGAGUCACAGGUAACCCCGGGGGGAGUUUGUUGCAUUGAACCAGCUAGGGGAAAUGUGGAACUUCCAAAAUACAGUCUUGCUUUACCAUCCAACACAUCAAGCCAGAAGGCCCAGAAGAAGCCAUUUAAUGAUGAUGAUCUUCCUGAGUUUCACUUUGGGGUUUCUAAAAGUUGUGAUGGGAAAUCCUCAGAUGCACAUUUGCUCAACAGAACUAGAACUGAAGAUGGGUCUGGGAACUUAACCCGAUAUUUGGCACAUUCUGGUCCGGUCUCCAAGCCAACAGCUUCGAAUUCGACCCCCGUUAUAGACACGCCUCCAAAUAGGGAAGCCAGUGUCCAUGGCACGCCACUCCCUCUUCCCCGACGAAUGGAAGGAAGACAUGCCCACCAGAGCCACAGCAUUCCACCACCUACAAUUGCCAUCCCUAAGAUUCCCUUUACUGAUUUAGGGAAGAAAAUUUUCUUUGAUGAUGAUGACAUGCCCGAAUGGCUUCCACCAGAUCUAAAGAAGCAAUCAUUUGCCAAACAAAGCAAUAUUACAACAACAAACCCGGGUUUCAAGAAUUUGCCUUUCCACCACCAUCCUCCAAGGCCAUUUCCACCACCACCAAAUCCUCCAGUGCCCUCUGCCGCCACGUCCACCUUUCAAUUCGAAUGUGCCUCCACCGGUGCCCUCUCGUGAUGGUCAGAGUUAUAUGACGGGAUUUACCUUCAACCCUGUUCUACGACCACCCUCCCGUGAUGGUCAGAGUUAUAUGACGGGAUUUACCUUCAACCCUGUUCUACAACCACCCUCCGGUCCCCUGGCAGUAAAGAGCCCUCUCCAGCCUGCAGGUGGAGUUUGGAGGCCAUAAUACAGAAACUAUACAUCAAAUAGGAAGGAAAAUCAGGAAAUGGUUUGAACCUGUAGAUACCCAUAGGAGAAAGUUAAAUAUAGGUCUCAAGCGUAAAAGAGUGUUUGAAUUUUAACUGGCUAUGGUUUUAGUUUAAAACUAGUUGAGUUUAGACAGUCCUCAAACCAUAAGAUUGAUAUACUUAUCGCAAAAAGAUGUUGCAAAUUUUCUUCUUUCUUA